AUGGAAUACUUACAGACCUUAUACCCAUCCAGCCUUCAGGAAGCUUUUUCUUUAAUUGAUUCUAAGUAUGAGAUUCCAGAGGACGUAAACGAAAAUGUUUUGAGGACUCUGAGAAAGGACACAGAGGUGCAAACAUUUAAAACAAAGAUUUCGGAACAGCACGGACGAAGCGACUGUAUUACAAUUCUGUUCGUGGGGACUAUUGCUAGAAAAGACAGUGUGUUUAUCAAAGACAGUUUUAUCCGCACACCUCCAAAAGGCUCUUCCCUGUCGCCUGUAUGUGUGAAUAUCCAUUUGAAAAAAAUUAAAUCAUCACAAAACGAGGAGAAUGCGUUAUCUGUCUUGGAUGAAGAUGAUCCCGAUCCCGAGGGAUUCGCGAGAUUUACUUUCAAAUCUUUUCACGGGGCCCUAGUUUUUUGGAUUCCGGAACAUCCUUCUUCAUUGAGAGAAGCAUUAAAAAGGAAAGAGACAGUAAUGAAUCCAGUUUUCAUAUUGCAAAUCCCAGGUGUUCUCGUGGCUUUUAAUCUAACGCAGUUUAAAAUGGUUGGGAGAAGGGAGGAUGAUUGA